ACUACACUUCCCGGCGUGCCGUGCGAGCCAGGGCCGUACCGUGUGCGAGGUGGAGGGGGGGAGCGGCGAGGGGCGCGCGUGAGUUGAAGUGCCGGCGAGGCGGUCGGGUUCAUCAGUCAUGGCACUAAGGGCCUUGAAAUUUGCCUCAUUGACAGCAGCUGCUUCUGGCAUCUAUCUGUAUGGAAACAAGUUCCUGGAUCCUAAUGACUUUGGAGUUGUUCGUGUGGGCCGAGCCAUUGCCACAACGGCAGUUAUCACCUAUGACUACCUGACCUCUCUUCGGAGUGUCCCAUAUGGAUCAGAGGAGUAUGAGUUCCUCAAGUCACAGGUGCACCUGCGCUCUGCUGAGCGCCUCCGGGAGUUGUGCUGCUCCAACAGAGGCACCUUCAUCAAGGUGGGGCAGCACCUGGGAGCGCUGGACUACCUCCUGCCUGAGGAGUACACCCGCACCCUCAAGGUGCUGCAUAGCCAGGCCCCGCAGAGCACCAGGCAGGAGAUUGAGCAAGUUAUCCGUGAGGAUCUGGGAAAAGAGAUAAAAGAGCUCUUUAUGAGUUUUGAGGACACUCCCCUGGGAGCAGCAUCACUAGCCCAGGUACACAAAGCAGUGCUGCAGGAUGGGAGAACGGUGGCAGUGAAAAUCCAGCACCCCAAGGUCCAAGCUCAGAGCUCCAAGGAUAUUUUGCUCAUGGAGGUUCUCCUCUUGGUUGUGAAGCAGAUUUUUCCAGAUUUUGAGUUCAUGUGGCUGGUGGAAGAAGCUAAGAAGAAUCUGCCCUUAGAGCUGGAUUUCCUCAAUGAAGGCAGAAAUGCUGAGAAGGUUGCUCAUAUGCUCAAAAACUUUGACUUCCUGAAGGUCCCCAGGAUCUACUGGGAUCUUUCAACAAGGCGUGUCCUUCUCAUGGAGUUUAUGGAAGGGGGACAAGUGAAUGACAGGGCCUAUAUGGAGAGGAAUGGCAUCAAUGUCAAUGAGAUCUCUCGCAACCUGGGAAAGCUCUACAGUGAAAUGAUUUUUGUGAAUGGCUUUGUGCAUUGUGACCCACACCCAGGCAAUGUGCUGGUGAAGAAGUGCCCAGCCUCUGGCAAGGCCCACAUUAUCCUCCUGGAUCACGGGCUCUACCAGGUGCUGAGUGAGUCAUUCCGCAUGGACUACUGCCGGCUUUGGCAGGCCCUCAUCAAGGCUGAUAUGAAGAGGGUGCAGAAGUACAGCCGGCGACUUGGGGCAGGGGAUUUGUAUCCUCUCUUUGCCUGCAUGCUGACUGCCAGGUCUUGGGAAUCUGUCAACAGGGGCAUUGACCAGUCACCAGUCUCUGCCAGUGAGUGCUGUACUCAGUCUGGGAUACUGCAUCUUGAGAAAGGUUUGAUGAAACUGGAGCAAGUCCAAUAGGAAUCUGCAAGGACUAGUGGCCAAACAGAUGUAGCCCAUGAGGUAAGUCUGAGCAAGUUAGGUCAGAAAAAAUUCUAGAAAAGGCAGGUCAGAAAGGGUUGUAGAAGUGAUUUUUGAGUUUUUUGAAGAGUGCUGCAAGCAGGACAAAUGCAAUGAAUUUAAACAUGGGUUUAAAUUCAGCUAAACAUGAGAAAAGCCAGAUCUAGUGGCAAAGCAGUGAAAUGCCACUGCAGAUGGUCUGGGGAGGUUUUGGUUCGUGUUACUGGAGAGUUUUAGGUGCAGGCUGGGAAAAUGUAGGAGGAUUGCCAUAGGUAUAGUUGUUCCUGCCUUAAGCCAUCCAUGGCCAGGCAGCUGAUUGCUCAGGGUGGCUGCUAGCCUCAUCUCAUCUGAUUUUAUGAUGGCUUUUGCUGCAUCCUGCAGCAGUCUCAGCAGCUGCAGCCAAGGGGCUUUUCUCAGGUCCUGUGGCAUAGCUUAUUUCUUCCUCUGCACACUUGACAGAAAAUGACAGUUCUGAUGACAGAUCAUGUGGUUGUUUUGUGAUGUGGACAAGCAGCUGGAGCUAAAAAUAAAAAGAAAAGAAAUAGAAAAGAAAACCUAUGUCUGGAAAAUAAUGUAGGCAAUGAUGCUGGCUGGGAAAAGGAAUAAGAGAUAAUCAGGCAGCAAUUUUCUGCCAACAAACAAUUUAAGAAAACAACAUUUAGGAGUGCUAGGCAUCUUCUUGCUGAAGCCUUGUGUAUCUGGUCAGUGAUGGAGGCAGAAGGACACAAGGAUUUGUUUGUCAGCAGCAAAGCAAUAUGGUUUUGUGUGAGCUGUGUACAUCUCUGACCAUCAUGACCUGCACACCGGUUUGUGCAGGUCUGUUCCUUUAUAAUAAGUUUGAAGUUCAUAAAAAGUGAGUGUGAGAUCUCAUGUCACGAAAUAUAGGCCAUCCUUCAUUCCAGAAGAGACAAGGCUUAAGAGCUGUCAUUUCCCACAAAGAAGCCUCCAUACUGUAAGAAGUUAUUUACUGCCCCCUUGCAUGCGUUCUCCUGGAUUUUGUAGAUUGCAGAUAUUGCAGGGACUUGUCUUUGGAUUUCAUGUCAUGGUUCAUGUCAUGGCCUCUGUAGGAGGGGGUAGGGGCAGGGUAUGCUUAUAGGAUCAGCUCCCAGCUACACUGUGCUACAUUUACUGGGAUGGCAAGGGAACUCUCAGAUCUAAAAACAGGAAUAAGAAGCAAGGCUGACUGUCUUGCAUGCUCUGGUGACUUGUAUUUGGAGAGGAGCUCAGUUAAGUGGCUCAGACUGUAGCCCCUAAGUUUUCACUAGGUUCUUACAGUAAGCAAUGUGUUUGUUGGAAUCUGGAGAACUAGAGAUAAUGAAGGAUUGCCUUGGACUUACACUCGUUCCUUAAGUAUCUGCUAUGAGCUGCUGUCAUAUAGGAUAUAGAUCUAGAUCUGACAGAUGACAAUUUGAGGAUUUUUGAUCUUUUGGGUUAUCAUGAUGCUUAACUGUGUAAUUCUUUCUCACCUCUGCUGAAUUGUGUUGAGGACAGAGGACUAGCAUUGGAAACGGCUUCACCAGUAUAGCAUAGAGCUGUCAGCUGCAUGGGGAAGCAAAGAUCAAGCAGCCUGGUUGUCUUUGCAGCCUCCACCUUCCUCAGAAAUUCUACUACCUGCACCUCUGCCGGUUUUGGGGCUGGUGAGGUGAGAAGUCUCCAACGGCAGUAAUGAGAUCUGGUUGCUGCAGGCUGCCUAGGACCAAGAACCAAGGUAGCAGUGUCUGUUCUCCUGAGAGGCUAUUAAUCCUGCCAGUGAGGGGAUAGGUCCUUAUCUCACCGAGGGGAAAAUGGGAUCUGGCAAGAGUGAUCUGUGCAGUGAGUGCUGUGCCCAGUGUCUGCAGGAAAGAAGGACGGAGCUCUUUAGCUUCUGUCCUAGUGUCAUGGUCGGUUAAAACACUGUCUCUUCCUGGCAAAUCUCAGCUGCAUCUGGACCCAGAUUUCCCAUGUACUCUCACCUUCUCUCUCCUUUCUCCCUGACAUGACCUGACUG